AUGUCGAACGGGGAGCUGUCGCUGUCACAGCAGAUUCAGCAGCUCAACGAUGCCCGCAAGCACGUCCUAGGCGACGUGAAGCUGUACCCGGGCGUUGUGCGCGGUCUCAUUCCCAGUAUUGGCGCCUCGGCGCCGCUGGAGCUGCGGCGAUGGGGGGCCGACUUUUUGGCGGAAGCCUUUGCUACGCCCGUGCUGCCCAACGGCGAAAAGGAGACGCUGGCGCCAUACGUCUUGGCGACGCUUGAAUCACUGGUGCAGAAACCGGAUGAGGAUCACUACGUCUUGCGAGGCGUAAUACAGACAGCUGCGAGCAUUUACCCGCUGGCGCUGAGAUGGAUAAUCAACAAUUCCUAUGACACGGUGACCUGGGAACGAAUGAUGUCUAUAAAGCAAAGAAUUUUAAAGAUUUGGGACACGGCGACACCGACAGUCAAAAUAUGCUGCAUCAAGUUUGCGCAGCGCGUGGUGCUAGCACAGACCGUAUCUAUCGUGGGAGACCACAGAUAUGCUGGCGGUCUUGACAUUUCUCUCGACAAAAUCCCCCCCAACCAUCAAACACUAGACCCUCGGACUCUAGAAGCUGAAGCAUCUGGUCUCUUGGACCGUAUGCUCAGCGUCCUGCAGGACUCCAAUGAUGCCCUGGUUGUCGAUGCGACUCUGAACUGUUUAUCCAUUCUGAUUAGAACCCGUCCAGAGACGUCCAACCGUAUCAUCAACGCCAUCUUCGCCUUUAAUCCUCUUAACCUUGCGCCGUCGCCAUUGACACCCAGGAGCAAGGUCAUGAUCAGAUCCAUGGAAAAGACUGUGCGAUCACUUCUGGUCAACUUGAGCAGAAGAGAUCCUCACAACCCCCUUGUGCCAAGAAUGCAGCAACAUGUCGAACGCAACAUGCGCAUGAUUGCGGAGGCCUUUGACAGUAGUGGCAAGAAGCGGGCACUUAAUGCACCACAGCACGACGGUAGUGAUGCCAAACGUCAACGCAUCACGACAGCCCAAAUCCAGAUCCCGCCUCUCGGAUCCGGGCCUCAUAGCCUUGCUGAUCUCUUCAGUUUGGUCAGUAACGAUGGGCUUAAGACAUUCGAUCUAUCACUCGUACCACCCGCUAUGGUGUCGAAAUUAGUGGUCACGACCCUUGCCAGGCUAGACACACAACUGUUGGCCAAGGCUGUAGACGGCGUUCGUGACAGACUACAGACAGUGGCGAACGCUCCUGUGGCAGAGCUGAACCCCAACACGGCGCCACUUGGUGUAGAUGACGAUGAUGACGACUAUGAGCCAGAUUUUUACCAAGCCGAAGACACAGAACAGAUUUUGAACAAGCUAGACAGCGAGCCGUCUGGCCUAGACCCGAUUCAUCUCGACGACAACCUGGCGCUCAAGUCAUUCAGCCUCUCCCAACCACAGCAACUAACACCGGAACUCGCGCUAACUGCUGGUGCCGGCACGGUAGAGAAGGUCGUGGGUAUGAUGAAGUCCCUCGAGGAUUCGUCAGCAAAGAAGGUCAAGGCUGGUUUCUCGCGGCUGGCUGCCAGUUCUGGCACAAAGGAUGCAUGGAUGACCAUAUUGGCACGUCUUGCGACAAGAUCAUCUGCUGGGUUGGAUGAGAUUCUUGUCAAGGGCGAGGACGACGGCGACACUUCGUCACAGUCGCUGUCCAACACGAUUCGUGAAGUUUUGUACAACUACAUUAUGGAGGACUUUCGCAAGCAUAUUGACGUGGCUGUAUCAUGGCUCUGCGAGGAAUGGUACAAUGACCAACUCCUGAGCAAGACGAACCGCGACUACCCAAAGUACUACGAAAAGUGCGCGUUACGUCUUCUUGAUGGCUUUUUGCCCUAUGUACACCCGCAAGACAAGGUCUUGACACGCUUUCUUAGCGAAAUUCCCGAGUUGAACCAGGAAAUACUGUCUCGGGUGAAGCAAAUGUGUCGCGAUCCGCUCGUGGUCAAACUUGCAUUGACGAGCUUGCUAUAUCUGGUUCUCAUGCGGCCGCCGGUCAAGGAGUUGGCUUUGGACACUGUGCAAGAUAUAUGGACAGAGUUCGAAGAUGCGCGCACCAUGGCGGGCCACUAUCUCUCGAAGUACCGACCCGGGUUCUUGGAGGCGGCAGCUGCUAGUAAGACGGAGGAGGACUCAUCGGCUGGCACGGCCAUUACGACGUGA